AUGAAUACUUUUGAAAGCGAUUCGCCACCGGGAAACAAACUAGCAUGUAUGGAUGCCAACAGACUAUUCGACGCUUUUGUCGCAGCAACAAGCUUUACUAAAAUUCAGCAGCUAUUCUCUCAACUCUGCGCAUUGUUGGAUAUCGAUCCAAAUGAUAAUUUCAAUGUUUUCAGAGGGUUGAAAACAGUGCUGAACGAUUGGCGCGCACAAAAACUAUGGUCGCUGUUAGAGAAACGAGCCGAACAGAGGGAAUAUUGUCAUCAAAAAGCGUGCGAACGUUUAAGUGUACUUGUCAUUGGAGCUGGACCCUGCGGUUUGCGAUCGGCAAUUGAGUGUGCAUUGCUGGGAGCUUAUGUUGUGUUGGUGGAACAACGAGAUUGUUUUUCAAGAAACAAUGUCUUGCAUAUCUGGCCAUUUGUUAUACAGGAUCUCAAAAAUUUGGGAAUCAAAAUAUUUUAUCCAAAAUUUUGUCGCGGUAGCAUCGAUCAUAUAAGUAUACGCCAACUGCAAAUAUUUUUGGUAAAAAUUGCACUGGUUCUGGGUGUUCAAAUACAUGAUUCUGUCAGUUUUCAGCGUCUCAUUUUUCCCAAACCUAAUGAAAAUGGAAUAGUUGAAGGAUGGCGGGCAGAAUUUUGUCCUCCAAAACACAUUCUGUCUGAUUUUGUCUUCGAUGCUUUAAUUGGUGCAGAUGGAAAACGUAAUACAGUGCCGGGCUUUCCGAAACGGGAAUUGCGUGGUAAAUUGGCAAUUGGAAUAACCGCAAAUUUUAUAAAUCAACGGACGCUUGCUGAAGAAAAAGUACAGGAAAUAAGUGGUGUUGCUUAUAUUUUCAAUCAGCAGUUUUUCAAAGAUAUGAAAGAAGCGACAGGUGUUGAUUUGGAGAAUAUUGUUUACUAUAAAGAUGAAACGCAUUAUUUUGUAAUGUGUGCUAAAAAACAAAGCUUGUUGGAAAAAGGCGUCAUUAUUGAGGAUAAUGAGGAUGUAUCGCUUCUUUUAUCGCCUAAUAAUAUAAACCAGGAAAAGUUAUGCGAUUAUGCGGCAGAAGCAGCUGAUUUUGCUACUGGUGGUAAUCUUCCUAAUUUAAAAUAUGCACGAAAUCACAACGAUAAUGAAGAUGUUGCAAUGUUUGACUUUACAUCAUUGUUUUCGGCGCAAUGUUCGGUACGGCUUAUUGAACGGUAUGAUCGCCGAUUACUAAUGUCGAUUGUUGGGGAUAGUUUGCAUGAACCUUUUUGGCCAACAGGUUCAGGAUGUGCGCGAGGGUUUUUGGGCGUCUUCGAUACGAUUUGGAUGUUAAGAAGUUAUGGUUUGAAUGUGCAGGGUCUUAUGGUACUUCUCGCUGAACGUGAAAGUGUUUAUCGGUUACUGGCACAGGCGAAACCGGAUAAUCUGCAUAAACAGACGCAUAAAUAUACGAUUGAUCCACAUACGCGUUACAUUAGUCUGGAAAUGGCAGUGCAGCCGCAUGAAAUAAGUCAUUUGAUUGAUACGGAUAAUCCACGGAAUGUAGAAACAAAUAAAGCCUUACCGUUACGAGUUGCUACAGCAGUUGAUUGUGUCAGUGAAGCAUACAUUAAAAGUUGGAACGAUGGACGCGCUUUAGCUGCUUUAUUAGGAAAGUUUCGUCCGGAUCUGAUGGAUUAUUUAUCGCUUUGUGCUGUUGAUGAUCCUAAUGCGGUCGUUGAGAAAGUGUUUUCUACAGUUAAAAAGGAAUAUGGUAUUAAACCACCUUGUGAAAAUCAUGCAGAAUGGAUUGAUAUAAGCGCAGAUUCACGAGUUCUGUAUAUAAGUAGCAUUGUAGAAGCACUGAAAAAUGAUUCACAACGAAUGCGAGAAUCGCUAAUGAAUGCUAUUAGAACUAGUACAAUAUCUCAUAAACGAAAGACGCAGCAGAUCCGAGGUACAGUAACAGACAUGAAUGAUGAUGAGAAGUUCAGCUAUUCCUGUAAACGCUUAGACCGAAAUGCUCUUAUACAAUCAGUCGGAUCUCAACCACUAAAAUAUAAGACCGGACGACCAGCCGUUGAGAAACUAAACCCUGAGCGGUUAUAUGCCGUUGAAAAAAUUGUAAGUGGCGAACUGGAGAAAGAGAAGACAGAAGAAAUAUAUCGUAAUAAACAGCGACUGGCGAAUGUUUUGGCGAGGAAAUUGGACAAGCAUGACAUUGACGAAAUGAAAUUAAAAUUAGAACAGACUGCUAUGGGCUUGCUUUUCAAUAAGGAACAAUAUCGGGUUCUGACUUCCAAGGAAGAAAAGAUUGUCUGCACGAAUGCAGCAGCAGCUCGGCGAACUGUAAGCGAAGGCUUCAAACAUGCUGAUGAAAAAUAUAAGGAAAUUGACGAAAGAUUAUUAAAAGCAGAAAUGUUGUUGAAGAAUCAAAACUUGGUCGGUAUUGAUAUCGUCUCCAGAACAAAAAAUAGAAAUAUCGUGGCAGUAAAUGAUGGAAACAAACCAGUAAGUGUCAAUAAAUCUCCACCACCUUUGCCUCCAAAGAAAGCUAUUUUGCAAGAAAACAGGAUCAGUUCGUCAGCCUCGCAUUCAGAAAAUCAAAGUGUUGUUUUCCGGAAUAAGUCGUUGUCUUCAAGUAAUUCCUCGAGACCUUGCUCAAUGCCUGUUAUGCAAUUAUCAUGCGACAGUGUUAAUGCUCGUCGACAGAUAAUCUGUCAGCUAUGUUUGAAAGUUGUUUACUUAGCUGAGCGAAUGCAGGUGGAGGGAAUGUUCAUCCACAAAAAGUGCUUCCGUUGUGCUUUUUGCGAACAACCGUUACGUCUUGGCAAUUGCGCUCAAGAUCGAAAUCUCCGAAAUUUUAAUCCAAGAUUCUUCUGUAUGCAGCACAUAAACAUACCAGUUCUAGAAAAGAUUGCACGGAUAGAGAAAAAUGGUUGUAAAGGAAGUGAUGCUGCAGGAUCAUUAUUAUCAACGCUGAAUGACACGUUGAAUACUGUCAAUGGAUAUAAAACGUCACCUAUAAAUCAAUCUACAAUAGCACCUGCUGUACAGCGAACUGGACGGAACUCGCCGUCCAUGCUCCUUGGCAAGACGAUGGAAAAAAUGCGAGCCCAAAAAGAAGCAAUUGGUGCAUUACUGUCAUCAUCGCAUAGAGAUGUAACACGUGAGCGUGCCGAAUUUGAAAUACAUAACCAAAAGGUAUUAUUAUGCCGUAAACUUAGUUAUACUACUUCAAUUUUGAUUUCGAUUCAGACAAUUACAAAAGAAAAACUGGCUUCAGCUAUUAGCAAUGAAAUUUCUCCAAUUGAUCACGAUAGUUUUAGUGAUGAAGAAUUAUUACAGGAUGGGAAUGAACAUUUAUCAUUUGAUAAAGGUGAUGAUGAUGACGAUGAUGAUAGUGAUAGUGAUUUCAUGGAAGAUGAAUUGGUCGAUCUGGAAUCAGCUGUUCUGGAAAAUUUUGAAAAAAAUAUGAAUAGAUCGUUAACUGAUGCACAGGCGUUGAAACUUUUGAAGACAUUUAAAGAACGUCGACAACAAAAAUUCCUGGAAGAACAUUCAAGUGUUCCAUCAUUGAGAGAAAAGUGCAAAAAGCCUAAUGGAAGUUUUGAUGCCACUAUUACCAAAAACAAAAGCGAGUUGACAGCUUUCACAACAGCUGAGUCACCGAAAUUAGUGACAGCGGUGAAUAUAAAGAAAGAUUUGUCGGAAAAGAAUUACCACUCUGUACUUAGAGAAGAAGUAUUGACUCCAUUCACGGAAAUUAAAAAGCGAGCUGCCACAAAAAUUAAGUUAAAAACUGAUGAAGAGUCAGAAUUACGCAGAACCAAUAAACGUCACUCAAUACCUAAGCAGUCGUCGAAAAUUGUAUCACGUUUCCCUCGCCAUCUUUCUCUGGAUCUUACUCAAAAUGAUAUUGAGAAAAUUCAUACAACGCCUACGAUGGAUAAUUUUGCUCGUUCUUCAUCGAAUAAUGAUUAUUCUCAGAAAAUAACUAUAGUUCACUCACAAUCAACUGCACAAUCAAAUCUGGGCCUGCUAGCUCAACUAUUCAGUGCUGAAAAAGUCAAAGCUGUGCAAGCUAAUGACAAGACAGAUAGAGCAAUCAAUUGUUUUGCGAAUUCGGAUGAAAUUAUUGAAAAUUCCAAUUUACAUGGCACAGAUGUCAAAAAGCAAAAGCAUACUAGCUGGUUACAUAAAUUUCCAAAUUUCCGAGCACUACAAAUGCAAAAAGGAGAAAGGGUGCUUUCUCGGUGUGCAAGCACGUCGGCUUAUCAAGCACUCAGUAUUUCGCCGGCGAGGAAACAUUCAAGUCUUUAUCAAAGUAAAGCUUCCUCUUCCCAUUGUGCUGCUAACAAUAUCAACACCGAUGCACCUGAAAACAAAUUAUCACCUAUGUUUACAAAAAAAGAUAUCCAUCGUGUUCAGAAAUUGGCUGAAAAAAUCUUAAGACAAAAAGAACAAGAACGUAUUAGUGCAGCACAUGAUUUGCAACGUGAGCUGGAGGAAAUUGAUGUUCGAAAAUUAGAAGUUGAAGCAGUGGCUGGGGACUUAGAAAGACGGCUACGCGAUGAUGCAGAAAAUUUAUGGAUACUGGAGCAGUGGUUGUUGUAUGUACAAGAAAUGAUUCAAUUGAAACAACGUGAAGAAGAACUGAAACUCCGAGUAUCUGAAUUUGAGGUGAAUGAAGAAUAUAAAAGUCUUCAACUACAGCUCAAGGAAAUUCAGAACAUUAGUGCCGGAGUAUUGAUUUCUCCUGAUAGUCAAGCUGAGAAAUCGAUAUUGAAGAAGACGUUGGCAGUUUUAGAAAUGCGUGAUGCCAUACAGAAGCAGUUGAAAGUAGUCAGAGAAAGGCUUUGGCAGCAAAAAGUACCGGAAGCAACAACAUUGAUCGGGUUGAAAGGAGCUUCAUAUCGCAAUUUCAAACCAGUUUUCAUUUAA